UAUUUAUUUAUUUCUUAAUUCUAUAUUUCUAUUAUUACUUCAAUAUUAUCAAUCAUGUCUUCAUUUUUGAAAAAAGCCACAAAAAAAGUUACUAAAGUGGCAAAAUCAUUGGGAGGUUCCAAUUCGUCCAAAAGAAAGGCCACUUCUACUCCGUCGGUAUCAACAACACCUUCCAUUAGUAAUUAUAAUUAUGAACAUAAUUAUCCGGAAGGGUACGACCCGGAGUUACAUAAUUAUGCAGAAGAAGUGGAAAGAGAAAUACAAAUUGAUGAAGAAGAAGAACAAGAAGAGGAACCAACGACCCCAAUUGGGAUAAAUAUAUCUCGACAGUCAUCAACAAGAUCACAUGAAGAACAAGGAGAACAACAACAACAACGACAAGCUCGUGGUAAACAAGUCAAUUUCCAAACUAUCGAUGAAGAUGAACCAGUAAGACAACCUUUUCCGGCAAUGCCACCUCCUAGUGGUAGAGCUGUUUCACAUGUGUGGUCGUAUUUCACAAAAGAACCAACCGAGAAUCCAGAUAUUUUCUUAUGCACUUGUCAAAUUUGUGAAAGUCAAGGAGUAAAGCCCUUAGUUUCAUACAGUUUCGCCAGAGGUAAAUACUUUUUAAGUUUUUUAUACAUACUGACAUACAUAAUACAUUGAUACAUUAUAUAUUCAUAUUUUAUAAACAUUUAUUUAUUGUGUUUUGUGAAUACGUGUUAGG